AUGGUUGCUAUUUACAAAGUAGUUGCUUCUUUUGUUCCACUCCUGGGUUUCAUUUUAGCGUUCGAAGAAGAUGACAUGAUAAAUACGAUUACUGCAAUCGAAAUUGCCUUUGAAACGGUCACGAUGACUUCAACCGUACCUGCCCCUGCUGCUACAAAAUCCGUUAGUGAGAAAAUGUUGGAUGACACUAAACUGUCUCUACAAGUAAUUCAAACUAUGGUGUCGUGUUUCUCCGUGGGUGAGAACCCAGCUAAUAUGAUUUCUUGUGGACUAGGUGUUGUAAUUCUAAUGUUCACAAUUAUCAUUGAGCUCAUCAACAAGCUCGAAAAUGACGGCAUCAAUGAACCGCAAAAGUUAUCUGACUUAAUAAAACCAAAGUAUAUUGAAUUACCUUCGAGUUAUGUUAACAAGAAAAUAAAAAAUACUUUUGAACCUUUGGAUAUAUAUUUAGGAGUAAACUCCAACACAUUAGCAGAUAGUCAAAAUCAAAACUGUCUGAUUCUCAAACUCGGCGGGGAAUCAGUUUUACCAUUCCCUGGCUUGGCUCAAAAAAUAUGCUAUACGAAAGGCGCCGCAAAAGAGUUCACAGACUAUAGUUUAUCCAGUAUACACGACAAUUUCAGUGAAAUCAGACAAGGGAUCUCCAAUGACGUUUUCCAAAAAAUAUCAACUAUUAAGAAAAUGUCUAGAGAUUUAAAGUCUCAACUUUAUUACAUCUCGGAAACUAUCACAGACGAAAGUUGGGAUGGUUCUGCUAUUGGCUUUAAAGCCAGUGAAAGAGAAAAAGAUCCAAAAAAAUCUCAAUUAUCCGUCACAUUUUAUAGAGAUCAAUAA